GACGGAACUCUGGGCUCCCGGAUUUGGUGGUUGUGUACGUGGAAGCAGCUUGCGCAUGCGCACGCUGGGCCCUUCCCUCAGCUGUGCGGGAAGGGCUAAGGCUAACAUCCCGGGCUCGGGGGAGCCUGUUGAGGUGAUGGGCACCCACUGACAGGGCCCUCCGAGGGGCGAAGCGGGGCGAGGCUGCUCCGCUGCAUCCUCCCCAGGGCCUGAGGCAGUGGGCCUGGCCCUCGGCUUUCCCGCUUGGUGCUGCCGCCGCCGCUGCCGGCCGAGGAGGGGCGAUGAGCUGGUUCAACGCCUCCCAGCUCUCCAGCUUCGCCAAGCAGGCCCUGUCCCAGGCCCAGAAAUCCAUCGACAGGGUCCUGGACAUUCAAGAAGAGGAACCGGGCGUCUGGGCCGAGACCAUUCCCUACGGAGAGCCGGGAAUCAGCCCUUCUGUCAGUGGAGGAUGGGACACUUCAAACUGGGGCUUGAAAUCAAACACCGAACCUCAGAGUCCACCAACAGCCUCUCCCAAAGCAAUUACAAAGCCGGUUCGGAGGACUGUGGUUGAUGAAUCUGAAAAUUUCUUCAGUGCCUUUCUUUCUCCUACGGAUGUGCAGACCAUUCAGAAGAGUCCAGUGGUAUCCAAACCUCCAGCUAAAUCACAGCGACCAGAAGAAGAAGUGAAAAGCACCUUGCAUGAAUCCUUGCACGCUGGACAGUCAAGAACUACUGACACAGCAGAAGCAGAUGUGAAAGACUCUUCUUCGAGUGUGUUAGGGGAGACUGAGGCAGUAGAUAUCCCAUCACCUAAACCUGCAGGCCAGCAUCAAGAAACUGUUAAUAAGGAAUCUGAGGGGAAGGCCCCAACUGUUCAUCUGAAAGUAUCUGAAAGUGUAAUUAACGUGAAAACAACUACGGAAAGUGUGCCUAAUCUGUCUACCCAGUCUGUCACAGCAGAAACAAAGGAUGUGGCCUUGGAACCUAAGGAGCAAAAACACGAAGACCGACAGAGCAAUACCCCUUCUCCUCCUAUUAGUACCUUCUCAUCAGGUACUUCUACCACCAGCGAUAUUGAAGUUUUAGAUCAUGAAAGUGUAAUAAGUGAGAGCUCAGCAAGUUCGAGACAGGAGACGACAGAUUCAAAAUCAAGUCUUCACUUGAUGCAGACGUCUUUCCAGCUUCUCUCUGCAUCUGCUUGCCCUGAGUAUAAUCGUUUAGAUGAUUUCCAAAAACUCACCGAGAGUUGCUGCUCAUCUGAUGCUUUUGAAAGAAUAGACUCAUUUAGUGUACAGUCAUUAGACAGCCGGAGUGUAAGCGAGAUUAAUUCAGAUGAUGAGUUAUCAGGCAAGGGAUAUGCUUUAGUGCCUAUUAUAGUUAGUCCGUCAACUCCAAAGACUAAAAAAGUUGAGUUUGUUGAAGGAAAAUCUGAAGACGAAGUAAAUGAAACGUUAAUUAUACCCACCGAGGAAGCAGAAAUGGAAGAAAGUGGGCGAAGUGCAACUCCUGUUAACUGUGAUCAGCCCGAUAUCUUGGUUUCUUCUACACCUGUAAAUGAGGAACAUACUGUCUUAGCCAAGGUGCUUGAACAGAGUGCAGCUGCUGAAAGUCAGCCGGAAGCUCUUUCUGAGUCAGAAGACAUUAGCAAGACAGUUGAAUUUCUGAAUGAGAAACUGGAAAAAAGGGAGGCCCAGUUAUUAACUCUUAGUAAAGAAAAAGCACUUUUGGAAGAAGCUUAUGAUAACCUGAAAGAUGAAAUGUUCCGAGUGAAAGAAGAAAGUAGUAGUAUUGCUUCCUUGAAAGAUGAGUUCACUCAAAGAAUUGCAGAAGCAGAAAAGAAAGUUCAACUAGCAUGCAAAGAAAGAGAUGCUGCUAAAAAGGAAAUCAAAAAUAUGAAAGAAGAACUUGCCACUAGAUUAAAUAGUAGUGAAACAGCCGACCUUUUGAAAGAAAAAGAUGAGCAGAUUCGAGGGUUAAUGGAAGAAGGAGAAAAACUAUCGAAACAGCAGCUGCAUAAUUCUAACAUCAUUAAGAAAUUAAGAGCUAAAGACAAAGAAAAUGAAAAUACUAUUGCAAAGCUGAACAAAAAGGUUAAAGAGCUAGAAGAGGAGUUGCAACAUUUAAAACAGGUCCUAGAUGGUAAAGAAGAUGUUGAGAGACAACAUAGAGAAAAUAUUAAAAAACUAAAUACUGUGGUAGAACGCCAGGAGAAGGAUGUUGGCCGACUUCAAGUAGACAUGGAUGAACUUGAAGAAAAGAACCGAAGUAUUCAGGCUGCCCUGGACAGUGCAUACAAAGAGCUUACUGAUCUUCACAAAGCUAAUGCUGCAAAGGAUAGUGAGGCACAGGAAGCUGCCCUGAGCCGUGAGAUGAAAGCCAAAGAAGAACUUUCUUCAGCACUAGAGAAAAUCCAAGAAGAAGCCCGUCAGCAGCAAGAAACAUUAGCGAUUCAAGUGGGGGACCUUAGGCUGGCACUGCAACGUGCAGAACAGGCUGCUGCCAGAAAAGAAGAUUAUUUACGCCAUGAGAUCAGUGAACUUCAGCAGAGACUCCAAGAAGCAGAAAAUCGAAACCAAGAGCUGAGUCAAAGUGUUUCAUCAACAACGAGACCAUUGCUUCGACAAAUAGAAAAUUUGCAAGCAACUCUAGGGUCCCAGACAUCAUCGUGGGAGAAGUUAGAGAAGAAUCUUUCUGAUAGGCUUGGUGAAUCCCAGACCUUGUUGGCAGCAGCAGUUGAAAGAGAGCGAGCAGCUGCAGAAGAACUCCUUGCCAACAAAACUCAGAUGUCUUCCAUGGAGUCCCAGAACUCUCUCUUGAGACAAGAAAACAGUAGAUUUCAAGCUCAACUAGAAUCAGAGAAAAAUAAACUAAGAAAGUUGGAGGAUGAAAAUAACCGGUACCAGGUUGAAUUAGAAAACCUAAAAGACGAAUAUGUAAGAACACUUGAAGAGACAAGGAAAGAGAAGACACUACUGAGUAGUCAGUUAGAAAUGGAAAAAAUGAAAGUUGAACAAGAAAGGAAGAAAGCCAUUUUCACUCAAGAAGUAAUAAAAGAAAAGGAACGCAAGCCGUUUUCUGUGUCUAGCACUCCCACCAUGUCACGGUCAAGUUCUAUAAGUGGAGUUGAUAUGGCAGGGCUACAGACAUCUUUUCUUUCUCAGGAUGAGUCUCAUGAUCACUCAUUUGGACCAAUGUCUGUAUCAGCAAAUGGAAGUAAUCUUUAUGAUGCUGUAAGGAUGGGAGCAGGAUCAAGCAUUAUUGAAAAUCUACAGUCUCAGUUAAAGCUAAGAGAAGGAGAAAUUACUCACUUACAGCUGGAAAUUGGUAAUCUAGAAAAAACUCGAUCAAUAAUGGCUGAAGAGCUAGUUAAAUUAACAAAUCAAAAUGAUGAACUUGAAGAGAAAGUGAAGGAGAUACCCAAACUUCGAACUCAGCUAAGAGAUUUGGAUCAAAGAUACAACACUAUCCUGCAAAUGUAUGGAGAAAAAGCAGAAGAGGCAGAAGAACUUCGAUUAGAUCUUGAAGAUGUAAAAAAUAUGUAUAAGACUCAAAUUGAUGAACUUUUAAGACAAAGGCUCAGUUAACUUCUAAAAAUUGCAUUCUUAUCAAACUGAAUGUAAACAUUUAAUAUCUAAAUGCAAACUUCCAAUAAAUUCUUUUAUAGAAUUAGAAAAUGGAAUUUACUGUAGAAUACAGAAGUUUAAAAGAAUUUUUGCAGUAUGUAGUAAUAUUUGCAGUUAAAUUAUUUUGUGCAAUAUUUGAACUUUAUUUUUGAAACUAUCCUUUAAAGAUUUAUUUUUUAAAGCAUCUGAUUUUUUCUUUUUGCCUUAAAUAGCACAGAGAUUUAUUACUUUAUCCUCAUAUCAGUAUGGCUGGGGAAGCAGAGUGGUGUUCAUGUAUGUAUUGUAGAUAAAUAACUAAUUGUAACUAUAAUUUGUGUUUGUAUAUAUUGAUAACAUUUAAAGAAUAGUAUUAACAUACUGAAACUUUUAAAUCUUCCAUACAAAUCUUCAACAUGAUUGCUACUUAUGAAAACAUAUGUUAAGUGUUCAAGUAGAGAAGUUAUUAAACCUGUGGUUAUUAAAUUUUAUACUAAUUAUUUUCCUUUAAAGUAGAAGUUACACUGACAUUGAAAUUUAAAGAAUAAUUAAAAAGAGUUUGGUGUAAAAUUUUAUUUCACCUAGCUUCCAAAACUAAUUCUAUAGAUUUUACUACUUUUAGAUACUUGUCUGGAGAAAGCUCUACUAAGUUAUCAAGGUGUAAGUAGAUGGUAGAAAAAAUUUACUUACACUGUGUUUAUGAUGGCAUUAGUAACACUUAAAUGAUUUUGAAGAGGUGUUGUUUUACUACCCUAUACAAUGAGUCAAAAAUAAUAACAUUAUUAACAUGGUUUACUCUUUGAAAAUUACUUGUGUGCAUUUGUAAAUCUUUGAGCACGUUAAAAAUGAAUGUUUGAUAUUACAGAAUAUCUAUAACAAAAUAGAAAGAUUGUAGGAAUUUGUUUAAAUUUGAUAUUUUACAAUUCUGUGUACUUCAUCUUUAAUUUUUUUCCUUGAAGCUUUAAACACAAAAAUAAUGUGGAAUAGCUUUAGAAAAUAGCUAUGCCUUCUUCCAAAUGUUAUUUUGUUCAUAAGUUAACCAGGCUGUGUUUUAGACCUGUGAAGUAUUUUGAUACAUUUUAUUACUGAAUGACAUUUAACUGCCUUUGUUUGCAAAUAAAACUGUCAUUUAAUUUUUAAAUAGUAGUGCUUUAGAGGAUAACUAUAAGUAAGCCAUCUUAAAGAAUUUGGAGAGAUUUUCAGGGCAAUUCAAGUGACCUCAUUUUUGUUCUUUUUAUAUUCCAGACAGUCUUUCUGUCAUUGGAGCUCUGAUUUGUAGCAUUAAUAAAUAUUCUUUCAAUGUGAGCCAAAUUCAUAAAAUUAAUUUUCUGUAUUUUAGUGGUGAAAGGCAGUUUAAUAGCUUUUUGUCAGCUUGUCUUCUUUUUAAUCUUCUAGAGAAGAAUGACAAGACUGAUAGCAAUAAGAAAUGUACAGAAUAUAGAAAAUAUAGGAAACUAAGGUUGCAAAAUUCUGCCAAGCCUUUCAAAGUAGGAGUUUAGGAAUUAUGAAAUGCUCCUUUAAAAAUAUCCAUUAAUUAAAAAGUAAAAGGACCUAAAACCUUCAGUUACAGAAAAAAGACUGAAAUAAAACUUUAUUGUACCUUUCAAUUUCAUGAUAUUAAACAUUCUUUAAUUCUAAUUAAUCUUGAUUGAUCAAUUCACGUAAAAGUUUAAAGUGUUUUCAACUUAUUUAAAAGUGACAAACAGCUAUUAAGUCUCUGGUUGUGUAUUACCAUAUAUAUAUAUACACACACACACACACACACACACACACACACAUAAAGAUUUAUUUAUUUGAAAGAGUUACAGAGAGAGAGAAUGAGAAGCAGAGAUCUUUCAUGCACUGGUUUAUUCUCCAAAUGGCCACAGCAACUGAGGCUAGGCCAGACUAAAGCCAGGAGCUUCUUCCAGGACUCCCAUGUGGGUGCAGGGGCCCAAGCACUUAGGCCAUCUUCUGCUGCUUUCCCAGGCACAUUAUCAGGGAACUGGAUUGGAAGUGGAGCAGCUGGGACUUGAACUGGAGCCUAUAUGGAAUGCCUGCAUUGCAGGCAUCAGCUUUAUCCACCAUGCCAAAAUGCUGGCCCCUACCACAUACUACUCUUGUAUCCAUAAACUAAGAGCUGAUAUUCA